CGUACUUGUUUGCGGGCCGCGCCGUUUUCGUGCUCACAAGCGUGUUUCGCGCGCUCUUAUGCGCCUGGGGUCUCUCUAACGGGAACAAGUGUGUGGGGGGAAUUUAUCCCAUAACGGGCACUUUUCUCAACAUGUCAGCACGCACAGUCGGCGUCUAGAACUUGUAGACAACUUUCACGUGUGCUGCACUUUCUCGUAGCCAGCACAAUGCCGCCCAUUCAUAAUGGCACCGACCCGAAGGACACCAUAGAGAAGAUUAUCAGAGGGAACAAAGUAGUGAUCUUCAGUGCCUCAGGUGACCCAACGUGCGCACAGACGAAAGAAAUAUUUUCCAGCCUAAAUGAACCUUACGUCUCCAUCGAAGUGGACGAUGAAGGCUAUGGGCCACCAAUUCAAGAAGCGCUGAGCCAGAGGACUGGGCUUUCUGGCGUGCCUCAGGUGUUUGUUGGCGGAGAGCUGCUGGGUGGCAGCGAAGACACGGCCUCUGCACUGAAGAAAGGCACCCUGGGCCAGUUGCUUAUGACCGGCAUCUCCUACGAUUAUGACCUAGUUGUCAUAGGUGGUGGAUCCGGCGGCUUAGCUGCUUCCAAGGAAGCUGCUAAGCUGGGACAGAAAGUAGCUGUAUGUGAUUUCGUCAAGCCAACCCCAAAAGGCACGACAUGGGGUCUGGGAGGCACGUGUGUCAAUGUUGGCUGCAUACCAAAGAAGCUUAUGCACAAUGCUGCAUUAUUAGGUCAAGGUAUUCAUGAUUCAAAGAGCUUUGGAUGGGACAUGCAAGAUGUCAAAUUCAAGUGGGAGACGAUGCGGGGCAACAUCCGCGACUACAUUGCAUCACUCAACUGGAAGUACCGUGUCAGUCUGCGGGAAGCUGGCGUUACCUAUAUCAACGCAUAUGCGCACUUUAUGGAUCCACACAAGUUGAAGUUGACUGACAAGAAAGGCGGAGAGAAGUUCAUCACGUCGAGGGAUUUCCUUUUAGCCAUGGGUGAAAGGCCACGCUACCCUGACAUUCCUGGUGCACGGGAGCAUGCAAUCUCAAGUGAUGACCUGUUCUUCCUACCCCACUGUCCCGGAAAGACGUUAGUGGUGGGCGCGUCCUACGUGGCGCUCGAGUGUGCGGGCUUCCUCCGGGCCAUAGGGUUUGAUGUGACGGUCAUGGUGCGCUCGAUCCUGUUGCGAGGCUUCGACCAGGACAUGGCUGAACGCAUUGGCAAGUACAUGGAGGAGGAGGGCAUCCGCUUCAUCCGGCCCUGUGUCCCCACGAAGCUGGAACUGAUUGAAGAGGGGUCCCCUGGAAAAAUUAGGGUCACUGCUAAUGCAAAUGGCACAGAAGUUGUUGAGGAAUUCAACACGGUUCUGUUUGCAGUGGGGCGCGAGCCAUGCACGCACAGCCUCGGACUGGCGGAGGCUGGAGUGAACGUGAACCCCAAGAAUGGCAAGCUACCGGUGGUGAAUGAGCGCACGAACGUGCCUCACAUUUACGCCGUGGGCGAUAUUCUCGAGGGGCGUCCCGAGCUGACUCCUGUUGCGAUCCAGGCGGGCAUUCUGCUGGCGCGCAGGCUUUACGGCGGCAGCGAUGUCCAGUGUGACUACACCAACGUGCCUACAACUGUGUUUACACCCAUCGAGUACGGCUGCAUCGGAUACUCGGAGGAGAACGCCAUUGCCAAGUUUGGAGAGGAAAGCAUUGAGGUUUUCCAUACAAGCUUCACGCCACUGGAGUGGACUCUUCCGAAACGUGGAACGGAUGCUGGUUACCUGAAGAUUGUCUGCCUCAUCCCUGAAAAUAAUCGCAUUCUUGGCUUCCACUACCUGGGGCCCAACGCUGGCGAGGUUACUCAGGGCUUUGCUACUGCUAUGAAGCUGAACGCCACAAAGGCAGACUUGGAUGCCACCAUCGGAAUUCACCCAACGUGUGCUGAGCUCUUCACGACCCUGACCGUGAGCAAAAGGUCCGGGGGCAGCACCAAGCAGGGUGGAUGCUGAGGUUAAGCCCCAUCGCCAAAGCACACGGCCGCCUGCCUGCCUGUCGAGGCACAGCGCAUCUCUUAACACCCUCAGCGUAGGAUUUUAACUGCAAGCUGUUUUAGACUCCCCCGAGUUGCUUGCACCCAAACGCACUGUGCCACUCACAUGCACCGACGCCGGCCAAGCAUAGCUGGCAGGCAGGUGCGGCCCCCUUUGGCGAUGGGAUGGAACCCUUCCGCACUCAACUAGGAAUGAGUUCGUCGGCUCCACGGAAUCGUGUGACCUUAUGACGGCAGUGCCACGAAACUCAACUUCUGAGGGUGACCUGCUCGAUGCUGUCGACGUGGCUCUUCCUGCACGCUCAAGCAUGAAGUUGCUAAUUUUAUUUUGGCAAUUUCUUUUAAUUAAACGCUGUACUUUGUUGCGCUUUUCAUUAAAGAGUAUUUAUUUAAGCAUAAA